UCACUUCCUGUGCUGCUGUCAGCAGUGUCGAUGUCAAAACACUUCAUCGAGGAAUCCUCCAACAGAGCACAGAGUGACAGAGCAAUGAGGAAAUUCCAUUCACAGAGUGUUCACUGGUUGCCAGGUAACCAUAAGGUGCAGCCAAGAAAGAUGAGCCUGUACAGCCACUACUCCUGUAUAUAUAGCAGAGCAGCAUGCAUGACACAAACAAAGCUACAGCCAAACACUACAAGAAGAUCUCCAGAGACAGAAUCCAGAGAGAACAUCCACUACAGCUAUGGGUAACUUCCUAAGCAGUCUCCAUCAAGCUCUUAUGAACUUUGGUAGCACCAAGGCUCGUAUCCUCAUGUUGGGUCUCGAUGCAGCUGGGAAGACCACAAUUCUUUACAAGCUGAAGCUGAAUGAAACUGUCUGCACUAUUCCUACAAUUGGAUUCAAUGUGGAGACAGUUGAGCUCUCUCGUAAUGUGUCCUUCACUGUCUGGGAUGUUGGUGGCCAACAGAAGAUCAGAGACCUGUGGAAGCAUUACUUUGUUAACACAGAUGGACUUAUCUUUGUGGUAGACAGUGCUGACUGGGAGAGGUUUCCUGAGGCAAAGAGUGAGCUUGAAGCCAUUUUUGAGAAUCAUGAAAUGAGAGGGGUCCCAUUUUUGGUGAUGGCCAACAAGCAGGACCUUCCAGGUGCCAGGCAAACAAUGGAUGUAGCCGAGGCGCUGGGACUGAUGAAGACACAGGAUCACCAGUGGCAUGUCCAGGGAUGCUGUGCAUCAACAGGGGAAGGACUGGUAGAGGGUCUGGAGAUCCUCACCAAUAUGGUGAAACAAUUCCAGAAGAAGAAGCCAUACUGAGCUGGGAGUCAACGAGAAUCUUAUCUGACUUGAUUGCAUGCUCAUUGCAAAACUCUGUAUCUUGGCAAACCGCAUGAAAUGUAAAUCAAUGUCUGUUGACUGCAAUGGAUAGAACAUGAGUGACAACCGCAUUGAAGAUCUGAUUUUCAGUUCACGUGGAUUCACGUGUAUUUCAAUACAGAAGAACUAAAAUUCGAAGUGAUGGAGGGGGAGAUAUUGUAAAAUCUCCAAAGUAUGCUUUGCUUUUUGAGUAAUCUUUCUUCGAACAUCUAAUUGACCUCAUACCAG